AUGGAGGCACAUGACAACGUUGAGAUCCUAGUGCACGUCACAGCGCCGUGCAGAAACAUCGAUGAUGUGCGCUACCGAGCCCUGGCACAGGCAUAUCUCGAUUUUGCACCAACGAGACAGACCAAUAUUUUCAGCAAACCUUCAGAAGAGGAAGAUGUCGAAGCUAUCCCCAGCUCAGAGGCCGAGCCACCAGCGUUGCCUGCUUGGUCAGAUGUGCCGAACCUCGAUAGCGAAACAACGCAACCGGCAACCUCAUCACCACCACAUAUACCACCACCGCCACCUCAAUACCCCACAACUUUUGGAUCUUUCGAAUCACAGCAACUGUCCUUUAGGAGUGUCUUGGAUAACAGAAAUUCACCGGGUCUCGGUCAGCCACUUGCAUCUAGAGACUUACCACCUUCGUCUCAACCUGUGGCUGAUUCACAGCCAACGCAGGCUAGCUGGGUAGCUCCUCCCAGUGUCGUCGGUGAUUCUCAGCCGUCAUAUGACAUCACACUCGCUGAGUUCUCAUCCCCGAGCCGGCUCUUUGAACAUCUGGCAGGGCAGUUCGAUAGCCAACUCGAUGGGGAAUCUCAGCAAUUGUCCUCAGAGGCAAGCCAGCAACAAGUUCCAGAAGCAGUCGCAACGGCUACGCCAGUCAUAGAGGAAGACUGUAAUGAAGAUGAGGACGAUGGUCAGGUUAUUCUCGUAACGUCGAGCAACUCCCUGGCAAUUGAGAGCAAUGCCACCCCAGUUCCAGCGGCCUCUACUAUUCCCGCAGAUGCUAUAAUCCUCAAUACGCCGUUCCCUGCUCUGAAGCGGCCGCCUUUAGUCAGCUCCCCUAUUGAGCAGAUAAUACAGGACACGCCUUGCCAACCGUCUCGGAAGAGAACAAUACCGUCAUCGCCAAACCGAGCCGGCUCCGAGCCCCUACUUCCAUCGAAACGGCACAAACGGUCAGCGCCCAUUUCGGAAUCGAGGUCUGUCAUCACGAGAAGCUCCUCAGAUGUAGGCCCUGGGCCCAGCGAUCUUUUCAGACCUCAACGGCCUCCUAAUGAGAGGCACUUGAGCUACCUCGCACGUCUUGAGAUCCACCCCGUUGGCCCCCCCGUCGGCACCAGCGAGCUGACGCCAGAUGAUCUCCUGACGCCCAAGCUGAAGGAGCUGGCCCGCCAACUCAAGAUAUCGAAGCGCUUUGCCCCGAUUGAACAGACGAGGGAACUGCGGUUCGCGGGAUGGGGCGUCUGGUGUAAACGCGCAGAGGACUGGUCCUGUAUACGCGUGUACUGCUGGGGCCACAUCGUCGGUCACAUCUAUCUGGCCUUAUACCUGGCGAGCGAGAGGGCGCUGAAGAAGGAUGCGGCGAGGUGGCUGGACGGUGCGGGUGAGGUUAUUGUCAUCACCAAUGGCCACGAAAACUCCGACUCUGGGGAGAGCGUGGAGGACGAUCCCGACGACGGAAUGUAG